GAUUUGUUGUGUUGUAUGUUGAAAUGCGUCCUUAUAUGCUUCUAAUGCCCAAUUGCACAUGAUAUGCUCCUAAUAGUUUGAGGUUAAUUUCUAGGGUGACGAUUGUAACCAAAAUAUCUACAUGACUAGAAUUUGAUCAGAUAUAUGAUGGUGUAGGUUUGACAUUUGGAGUGUGUGCCAUGUUAGAUUUUUUUUUACCAUGACAAUUUUGGUGGCUUAUAAAAAAUCAUUUGUGAUAGGUGUAGAAAAUAUUUAAAUUGGUCUUAACCUGAGUUUAGCUUACAACAACGUUGCUUUGGAAAUAUCUUUCCAAUCGUAUAUUCCAGGAAGAUACUACUUGUUUUAGUAGAUUCAGUUCAUGAAAGGAUAGUCAACUACCUAUAUAUAAUAGUUUACAAACAAGUUUAGACAAUAUAGGGUAAUCAAUCAUGAGAUGCAGUGUCAUAAUUUGUCUAUUGACGUUAUUGAGUUUAAACAACCUUUGCGAGUCAACCACCUCAUCUUGUAAAGCAUGGCUAGUGCAAUCCAUUCCCACCGAUAUGCCCCACCUCUCCCACUUUCCAGGAGUCCUCUCCACCGGGGAUGUACUCAGGUGGAUGGCUGAAAACUCGACUCGUAGACUUGAUGUAAUUGCUCAGUAUUGGCAACUGCUAGCUUCUUCCGAUGAUCCUCGCUCCGGGGAUUAUGGUUACACUCAAGAUCAGAUGCACAAAUUUGGUGCCCAUCAAGGUGCUGCAGUUUAUCAAGCAUUAGAUGCUGCUGCUGACCGUAAUGUUAAUAUUAGGUUACUGUCUCACUCUGGGGUUUAUCCAACAUUUACCUUAGAACCAUCCAAACUUGCUUAUGGAAGGUCAAAUGUUAAGAAUGUGACCUUGUUAUUGAAGGAUUGGUGGGGCUCUGGAAUUGUCCAUGCCAAAGUUUGGAUAUCUGAUAAUAGGGAUGUGUAUAUUGGAUCUGCAAACAAUGACUGGAAAUCUCUCACACAGGUCAAAGAAGUUGGAAUUUAUCUUUCUGGUUGUCCUGUAAUAGCUAAAAAGGUUGAGGUCUACUUUAACAAUUUAUGGACACUAGCAUCUCUCAAUCCUUCAGCUUACACCAAAACAGUGAUGGAUCAACAGUGGCAAGUUGAAAGAAAGGUUCCUUGUUGGUCACAUUUCAUCAAACCUAGGGAGAGGUGUAAGUCACCUCUUCCUAGAUAUGUAGAGACUCCUCAUGUUGAUGGAUAUCCUAUUCUUUAUGACCCUUAUAUGCCUGAAAUUUCAAUUCGAACUCCUGGGAGUAACUAUUCCACAGAGCUUCCUCAAGUCAGCUAUCUCUCCUUUGCUCCCCCAGAGCUAUCAUUUGGCAGUUACCAGAGUGAUGAGCAGGCAUGGAUUGAUACAAUUAAAUCUGUAGGAACAAAAGAUACGGUUAGAAUCAAUACCAUGGACUGGCUAGGUCAGUCACAAUUUACAGACCAAACAAUUUUCUGGUCAUCUCUGUCUUCUGCAAUAUCAGAGGUUGUGUUUUCCAAGCAUGCAACAGUAAAGAUAUUGGUGGCAUAUUGGGCACACUUCAUAAAUAGCACUGAUGAGUACCUAAAGUAUCUCCUCUAUACCAACAAUCUCUGCUCUUCUUCCAAAUACAACAAAUGCUCUGGUAAAGUUGAGAUCAAAUAUUAUGUGGUACCAGGUUUCAACAAUACAGGACCUGCCAUUCAUAAUGGAAGUAGUACAGGAAAUAUAUACCCUGAUUUUACAAGAGUGAAUCAUGGAAAAUACGCAGUUAGUAAUGUAAGGGCACACAUUGGGACAAGCAACCUUGUAUGGGACUAUUUCUAUGUUACAGCAGGUGUUAGUUUUGGGACAUACAACACUGCCAUUGUAUCUCAACUUAGGGAAAUUUUUGAUGCUGACUGGAACUCGCCAUAUGCUGUUCCUAUUCAAGAGUUUGAGAGAGUAUAUAUUUCUAGUUUCAAAUAGAUGAUGUAUGACAAAUGAAAGAAUAAACUCAAUAAACCAAUGUAAGUUAUGAUAAAAAAGAGAAAAUUGUUUAUUAUCUAGUGAAAGUGCACUUUCUCCUUUAA